ACAAAGUAUCUGGUCCCCUCCAAGUUAAUGAAUUAAAUAAAUCAUUUGACACUCUAGUCAAAAUUUCUCAAAACGAAUCUUUUGGUAACGAGAUAAGUCUAUUAGAGAACAAGAAGACUCUUAAUCGUAAAUCUAAUAUUAUCUCUCUUGAUCCCUUUCUUGAUACUCAAGGAAUUCUUAGAGUUGGUGGCCGCUUGGCAGGUGCUUCAGUAUAUACAUUCGACAAAAGGCACCCCAUAAUUUUACAUGCGAACCACCCCUUUACUAAGCUGCUCUUUCGACAAGAGCAUCAGCUAUUGUUUCACGCUGCACCACAGUUAUUGUUAGGUGCCAUAAAGGAUCGCAUAUGGCCUAUAGGUGGAAGAAACCUAGCAAGGCGUACUUACCAUAUUUGUUCUGUAUGUAGGCGUUUUAGAGGCAAGACUCUAACGAAUAAAAUGGGCAAUCUGCCCGCUGAGAGAGUUACUCCCGACUACCCAUUUUACACUACUGGAACUGACUUUGCUGGUCCAUUCUUAAUUACCGAUCGAAAAGGCCGAGGAUGCAGGAUAACGAAAGCAUAUCUUUGCAUCUUCAUUUGCUUCCGAUACAAAUGCAUUCACCUUGAAGCAGUGAGUCAGCUGUCAAAGGAUGCUUUUACCUUGUGCCUCCAAAGGUUUAUAUCCCGUCGCGGCAAACCUAAACAAAUCUUUUGCGACAAUGGUAGGAAUUUUGUUGCUACUGCAAAGGAGAUUAAUGAAUUUUUAAAACUCAAUACGGAUGGCAUCAUCGAUUUUGCGGCCAACAAAGGUAUUGAAUUUCGCUUCUCGCCAGCAUACGCUCCUAACUUCGGUGGGCUGUGGGAGGCCGGUGUUAAAGCCGCUAAAUAUCACUUAAAUAGGGUCCUAGGCAAUGCCCAUUUAACGUUCGAAGAAUUAUCGUCUCUAUUCAGUCAGAUUGAAGCCAUCCUUAACAGCCGACCCCUUUGUCCUUUGAGCUCAUCACCCCAAGAUUUCGCUCCUCUUACCCCGGGACACUUUUUGAUAGGUAGGCCCCUCACUGUGUUACCAUCGCCGUGCCUACUAGACUCCAACAUAAAUCGCCUCGACAGAUUCCAGCGUCUUGAACAGAUUCGACAGCAUUUUUGGAAGCGCUGGAGCUCCGAAUACGUCCCCGAAUUGCAGCAGCGCACGAAGUGGAAGCUCAGAUGCAAGGACCUUAAACCAAAUGACCUUAUUCUGCUGAAGGAGGAUUUCACGCCGCCACUCAAUUGGCGCCUUGGCAGGGUCGAACGAAUCUUUCCAGGGACUGAUGGCAUCCCUCGAGUCGCCGAUAUUUCCACAGCUCGAGGCACAGUUCGUCGAGCCAUCAACCGCAUCUGUCUACUCCCGUCCCCAGAUGACGCAGAGUCUUGAAAGCUUCAGGAGCUUUCAAGGGCGGGGAGAAUGUUCACGCGAAACGGAACGGUGAACACGAUUACCGGACGAGUAGAGCGACGUCACGGCCCAAGUGUCAAAACUAGCUCCACAUCAUCGUAUAUCUGUCAUAUACCUACUCAUAUCUCUACAAGACCGAUUAACGAACUUUGCGUGUCAUACACAUUUUGUAUUUUUUAUAUAAUUUUAAUUAAAUAUCUUUAAG